AUGGACUACGAUCUUAUCGUCGAACGGUCUGGAGAAUCUACUCUUCAAAACUGGAUAGCUACUGUCCGCGAUGAAGACGUGAUACGUUUGGUAGCAAAAUAUCGGCCUCGCCAGCCGGAAUGUACCAUUGAAAGUGUACUCGGAGGUAGCUUCAACGUGUGCUUCAAGGUAGCAUUCGUUGAUGGGCUCCGGUGGAUUGUGCGCGUCCCAAAACCUGGGCGUGUCAUGUUUAUGGAGAAGAAGGUCCGUGACGAAGUAGCGGUGAUGAAGUACAUCAAAUUAACCACCAGCAUCCCCGUUCCCGAUAUCAUAGCCUUCGGAACAGCAGAAGACAACGUGGGAGGCUUCGGUCCAUUCAUAAUUACCGAAUUCAUCGUGGGAGACAACCUUGGCGUCAAGCUUUUCGACAGCAACUCGGACCAGGAUUUUGAAGAGAGCAUUUAUCGUCAGAUCGCGGGCUUCCUUUUACAACUUUCAAAUUGUAGAUUCGAUGCGAUUGGAUCCUUGUCUAUGGACAGCCAUGGAGACGAACCCACAUGGUCUGCCAAGUCUCUGAUUCGAAGAAUGAUGUCAGAUCACUCGAAACCUUAUACAUCGACGUCUGAAUACUUCCUCAAAACCGCGGAGCAAAAAUUGGACCACCUACUCCAACAGCAAAACUCGAUCGAUGAUCGCGAAGACGCUAUCAAGAAGUUAAAGCGCCGCCGACUCUUUAAAUCGAUCACUCCGCAAUUUGUUUGCAACGAGUUGAGCCGUGGCCCUUUUACACUCGUGUGCGAUGACUUCCGUCCUGGUAAUAUGCUUGUUAGGGAUGGAAAUAUCGUCGCUGUGUUCGACUGGGAGUGGACUUACGCCGGACCAUUAAAGCUCUUGCUCUCACCACCACGGUGGCUCUGCAAGGACUGGCCAGCAGUUUGGGAUUCGGAUCAGCGGGCUGGAUACGAUGCAAAGUUUCAGAAAUUUGUCGGAAUUCUGCAGCAGGAGGAGAUGAAAAUUGCCAAAUCAAGUCCCCCGAUAAUGACAAAGUUGAUGAAAGAAUCCUGGAAUUGUAGCGGAAAGUUCGAGUACCAUCAGCUUCUUGGCGAAGUUUUCAUCUUCGAUGAAGACUGGUUAUGGGAACUACUUGAAGCGGACCAUGCCACCGAGGUACAGAACUCGUUAGAUGAUACGAGUAUCAUUGAGGGCAAACUGGAGGACUACAAGGGCUAUUUGGCUAUGAGUCGUCCUAUGCGAAUCUUUGACUAUAUAGGCUCGAAAACUUCGGCCAACUGUUCAUACUGCUGGGCCUGUCUUCACCAAGGGUGGAUGGACCAUGAUAUCCGCAACUGUGUCCAGGCGCCUCGUGACGAUUCUACCGUCUCUGUUCUGGAAGCAGCAGCUGCAUGCUGCUCUAAUUUUGCUUAUCCAGAGGGUUUAGACAUUCACAUCGCAUGUGGUGCUCCUUACUAUCUUGGCUGUACGGACCAACACUGCCUAUAUCAGUUGACCGCAUAUUCAGUAUAUGUCGCAGCAACUGGCAAGGCGAGCCAUCUCCAUCACGAAGCUCGGAAAACUUUCGCCAAACAUUACAAUGUCGACAUAGAGAACAUAACGCCAGAAGAACUAAUGAUGGCCAUGGCUAGGCCCCACCAAGUAGUUUCAAGAACUGUCUCUGCCCUAGUAUGGUUCAUUGAGCUCAUUCACGAUAAUGCUGAAGCAUCCUUCCAAUGGUAUUCGCAAUACGGUCUGUAA